AUGAUGUCGUCCAGGGACAUGUCCAUCUUGUCGGCCAUGAUGGCGGCACCGCUCCCGCCCGCACUUCCGGCCGCGCUGCGCCCGCGCCGGAAGCGGAAAAGGCGGGGCCGAGGCGCGGCGGGCGCGCGAAGCUCUGUGGGGCGGGGGCACUUCCGGCGGGGCCGGGCGGACAUGAGGGUGCGCGUGCGGAGCUGGCACGGAGUCGCGUCCUGGCUGUGGGUGGCGAACGACGAGAACUGCGGCAUCUGCCGGAUGGCCUUCAACGGCUGCUGCCCCGAUUGUGAGUGCGGGACCGGCACCGACACCGGGCACCGCGCAGUGGGCGCGGCUGACGGUGUGUCCGUGCCGCAGCAGGUGCAGCAGCACUGUCCCAUGUGCCGCCAGGAGUGGAAGUUCCGGGAGUGAGGGCGGCACCGGGCACGGGGACGGGCCGUGGCCACCCCCGGCCGCCCCGGGCCCGCUCAAUAAAUGUGCGGACGCCA